AUGGCGUCGGCCUUUGCCUUCCUUGAGACCCCGAAUCGAGGUGUGCCUGACCGGAGACAUUCGACUGAGCACCUUCGAGCGACCUCGACUCUGGUGCCGAGAAAUAGCAGCAGCGUCUCCUUAUCAUCUCGCAAAUCUGAGCCGGGAUGGUUCGGCGCCAUGAACAAUGUGGAUCGAAGCCGCGCCAGCUCUGUCCCAGUGCAGCCCUCCACAAAGCCGUCCAGCGGACUCAGCAAGCUGUUUGGCAGGAAGGAGAAGAAGGAGAAGAAAGACAUGGAUCACAUCGUCCUCACUUCGCGACAUGCAGCCGCUGUCAAGACUAAACUGGCGCUGGACCCGAAGUAUAAGAACGUGCGCCGGGAUUCUGCCUCUUCUGAACGACUCGCGGGUUCCCAGAACAUCACACAUAUGAGCGCAGGAGAAUUGGAGAUGAGACAUCCGCACUCCGGAUCACCCUCGCUUCAUGCAGCACGGAACAAAGCAGACCUACCUGCACUCACGCGCAUUAUCAGUGGCGAUGAAGCUGAUGAACCCGAUGAGUGGGAGAAGAUGCGGGACGAGUGGCGGCAGCGCAAGGUUCCUACAUUGGACACGCAGAUCAUCGAAGGUCAAGUGCUAGACACUCGAUGUUCAGGACCGUCGACACCCACAGAAAAGGACAUGAAGGAACCCGAAACACCACCGCCGCAAGCCACAGAACCACGAGGCACCAGGAUCCCUUCAGUCACAACCACUACGGGCGACGCAGACUAUCAGCCACGGCCCGCGAGGACCCAUACUCCGAUUGGCGGGCGAUGGAAAAAGGACGAGAAGGGUGUUUGGAAGAGAUGA